CAGAGGAUUCAAUCCCAGCUAACCUGAGCGGAAGCCGCUGUCCAGGCAGGAAGCUGUCAGCGUGUUUUUGUUGCUACUGGGGACUGUUGUGUUGUAAAAAUGGCGACGCCUCGUCGCUCCUCUCAACAGCAGCAGCCGCCGAACUCCCUGCUGUCCUCCCCGCCCCGGAGCUCCUCUCGCCCCGCCACCCCGCCUGGCUGUCCGCCGGCUCCCUCCGACGAUGCCCCCUCGCCUCCCCACGUAGCGGCCAUGGAGAACGGGACUGACGGUGAGGUAUCCCCGGCCUCUCCCACCAGCAGCACCGCCGCCUCCCCGGCUCUGGCCCUCACCGCCAGCAGCAGCAGCAGCAGCAGCGGCUGUAGCAGCAGCGCUAGCUCCCCGACUACCACCGAGGGCAGCGGGACCAGCCCCGGCUCUACGCCCGACUCGGGCAGCGGUAACUCGGGCAGCAGCGGCGGCAGCAGCGGCGGUGCGGCUAACGGGGCUUUUCGGGAGCUGUUUGAAGCCUGUCGGAACGGAGAUGUUUCGAGGGUGAAGAAACUCGUGGAUGCGGUGAAUGUGAACGCCAAAGACAUGGCUGGACGGAAAUCCACUCCCCUGCAUUUCGCUGCAGGCUUUGGCCGGAAAGAUGUGGUGGACCACCUGCUGCAGACGGGCGCUAACGUUCACGCCAGAGACGACGGCGGUCUGAUCCCGCUGCACAACGCCUGCUCCUUCGGCCACUCUGAGGUGGUGUCCUUGCUGCUGUGUCAAGGCGCUGACCCGAAUGCUCGAGACAACUGGAACUACACGCCGCUGCACGAAGCCGCCAUCAAGGGCAAGAUAGACGUCUGUAUAGUGCUGCUGCAGCAUGGAGCCGACCCCAACAUCCGCAACACCGACGGCAAGUCCGCCCUGGACCUGGCCGAACCGUCCGCCAAGGCAGUGCUCACAGGUGAAUACAAGAAGGAUGAGCUGCUGGAGGCGGCGAGGAGUGGAAACGAGGAGAAGCUAAUGGCCUUGCUCACGCCGCUCAACGUCAACUGCCACGCGAGCGACGGCCGUAAGUCCACUCCACUCCACCUGGCAGCCGGAUACAACAGGGUGAGGAUAGUUCAGUUGUUGCUACAGCACGGAGCAGAUGUCCACGCCAAGGACAAGGGUGGUCUGGUGCCUCUACACAACGCCUGCUCCUAUGGACACUAUGAAGUUACUGAGCUGCUGCUGAAGCACGGCGCCUGCGUGAACGCCAUGGACCUGUGGCAGUUCACGCCGCUGCACGAGGCGGCGUCUAAGAACCGGGUGGAGGUCUGCUCUCUGCUGCUGAGCCACGGCGCCGACCCGACCCUCCUCAACUGCCACAGCAAGAGCUCCGUGGACAUGGCGCCCACCCCGGAGCUGAAGGAGAGGCUCACAUAUGAAUUUAAGGGCCACUCGCUGCUUCAAGCUGCUCGAGAAGCCGACAUGGCCAAAGUGAAGAAGACUCUCGCCCUGGAGAUCAUCAACUUCAAACACCCUCACACGCAUGAAACCGCCCUGCAUUGUGCCGUCGCGUCGCCUCACCCCAAAAGGAAACAGGUGACGGAGCUGCUGCUGAGGAAAGGCGCCAACGUCAACGAGAAGAACAAAGAUUUCAUGACUCCUCUCCAUGUGGCAGCAGAACGAGCUCAUAAUGACAUCAUGGAGGUGCUGCAGAAACACGGGGCGAAGGUGAACGCCCUGGACACGCUGGGUCAGACGGCGUUGCAUCGCGCCGCGCUGGCCGGACACCUCCAGACCUGCAGGCUGUUGCUAGGAUACGGGGCCGACGCCUCGCUGGUGUCGCUGCAGGGCUUCACCGCCGCUCAGAUGGGAAACGAAGCCGUUCAGCAAAUACUCAACGAGAACGUCCCGGUGAGGAACUCAGAUGUGGACUACAGACUCCUGGAAGCUGCUAAAGCCGGAGACUUGGACACUGUCAAGUCGUUGUGCACGGCUCAGAAUGUGAACUGCAGAGAUCUGGAGGGACGACACUCCACUCCUCUUCACUUCGCUGCCGGCUACAACAGAGUGUCGGUGGUGGAGUACCUGCUGCACCACGGGGCCGACGUGCACGCCAAGGACAAAGGCGGUCUGGUUCCCCUCCAUAACGCCUGUUCCUACGGUCACUACGAGGUGGCUGAGCUGCUGGUCAGACACGGAGCCUCGGUCAACGUGGCCGACUUGUGGAAGUUCACGCCGCUCCACGAAGCCGCCGCCAAGGGCAAAUAUGAGAUCUGCAAACUGCUGCUUAAGCACGGAGCGGAUCCGACCAAGAAGAACCGGGACGGGAACACGCCUCUGGACCUGGUGAAGGACGGGGACACCGACAUCCAGGACCUGCUCAGAGGAGACGCUGCGCUGCUGGACGCCGCCAAGAAGGGCUGCCUGGCCAGAGUGCAGAAGCUGUGCAGCCCCGACAACAUCAACUGUCGGGACACGCAGGGACGCAACUCCACUCCGCUGCACCUGGCAGCCGGAUACAACAACCUGGAGGUAGCCGAGUAUCUGCUGGAGCACGGAGCCGACGUGAACGCUCAGGACAAAGGAGGGCUCAUACCUUUACACAACGCUGCUUCCUACGGGCACGUGGACAUCGCCGCCCUGCUGAUUAAAUACAACACGUGUGUGAACGCCACGGAUAAGUGGGCGUUCACUCCUCUUCACGAAGCCGCCCAGAAAGGACGGACUCAGCUCUGCGCCCUGCUGCUGGCCCAUGGAGCCGACCCCACCAUGAAGAACCAGGAGGGACAGACGCCGCUGGACCUGGCAACCGCUGAUGACAUCAGAGCGCUGCUGAUCGACGCCAUGCCGCCAGACGCCCUGCCAAGCUGUUUGAAACCGCAGGCCACCGUGGUGAGUGCCAGUGUGGUGAGCACAGGUGCAGCGGGGGGCGUGGUCAUCUCUCCGUCUCCGUCUCCGUCCUGCCUGUCAGCGGCCAGCAGCAUAGACAACCUGACCACGCCCCUCGGUGACAUCACGGUUGCCGGGGCGACGGGCACAGCAGACGGAGCGUCGGGGUCGGACAGGAAGGAGGGAGAAACGCUGCUCGACAUGACCAUCAACCAGUUCCUGAAGAGUCUGGGGCUGGAACACCUCAGAGAAAUCUUCCAGCGGGAGCAGAUUUCACUCGACGUGCUGGCUGACAUGGGCCACGAGGAGCUGAAGGAGAUCGGCAUCAACGCUUACGGUCACAGACACAAACUCAUCAAGGGAAUCGAGCGGCUGCUGGGAGGCCAGCAAGGUGCAAACCCUUACCUGACAUUCCACUGCUCCAGUCAGGGCACGGUGCUGAUCGACCUGGCACCCGACGACAAGGAGUUCCAGUCUGUGGAGGAGGAACUACAGAGUACGAUCAGAGAACACCGAGAUGGAGGCAACGCAGGCGGAGUCUUCAGCCGGUACAACAUCAUUAAGAUUCAGAAGGUCGUGAACAAGAAGCUACGGGAACGAUAUGCACACCGGCAGAAGGAAAUAGCAGACGAGAAUCACAACCACCACAACGAGCGCAUGCUCUUCCACGGUUCUCCCUUCAUCAAUGCAAUCAUCCAUAAGGGCUUCGACGAACGCCACGCCUACAUCGGUGGCAUGUUUGGCGCUGGCAUCUACUUUGCAGAGAACUCUUCGAAAAGCAACCAGUACGUUUAUGGGAUCGGUGGAGGAACGGGAUGUCCGACCCACAAAGACCGGUCCUGCUAUGUGUGUCACAGACAGAUGCUGUUCUGCAGGGUGACACUGGGUAAGUCUUUUCUUCAGUUCAGUGCGAUGAAAAUGGCCCACGCCCCGCCUGGACACCACUCAGUUAUAGGACGACCCAGUGUCAACGGACUGGCAUACGCAGAGUACGUCAUCUACAGAGGAGAACAGGCUUACCCAGAAUACUUGAUCACCUACCAGAUUGUGAAGCCAGAGAGUCUGGCCACACCCGCUGCCACUGCUGAGCAGAAGUCCUAAAGCGCCGCCAUGGCUGGAUGUGGACAUGGCCCGAUUGUAGUGGACUCUCUAGGAGGACUUGGAACUGAACUGUAAGGAGUUUCAGACCUCAGAGCUGAACUUAAGAAGGACCGGGUGAAGAAGUGCCGACUGGGCAGGAGUCAGAUCCUCGGAAACAGUCUCUAAACAGAAGAAGACGAGGAGGAUGGAAAGACGAUGUUUUUUUUUUAGUUUUGGGGUAAAAUAAAUGUUCAGUCCAGAGCAGCAGGCAGCAAAAAUCCAUUUUUAAUCAAGCCUCAUUUUGAGACGGAAAUGCGAAAGUGCUGAUUAGUGUUUGUGGAUGUGCAGCGGGAUGCUGUUUCACAGGGCCCGAUAUGAGCUAAAAAUUAAAGCAAUUACAACAAAACAUAACCCAAACAGACGCUGCUGUUGCUGCACCUUUGCUCCGCUCACAUAUUCUACCCCCAGAUUCUAAUGUGUUGUUUUGAUAUCACAUCCUCUUCGGGCUUCGUGCAUCAUCCACAACAACAAAAACAACACCCCCAGGUCACUCCCAGGAAGUGGUGAUUGUUGUGCUAAGAGAACAGAAAUCCAGUGCUUUUUAUGUCACAUUCCCACCAGUGAGGCUGAUGUAAACAAAGAAAGAUCUCUGUUUUCUGUCAGAACUUUUAGUAACAGAAGAAGAUACACGGAAAUGAUUGUGCAGAAAAGAUGAUAGAGAUUACUGUGGAUGAAAACCCAAGACGAGACAGCAGUCCACUACAGUCCAUACUGGGACCAAACCAGUUCAUUUCAAAACCGCUGCAGCCCCACACACUGAACAGAAACAUGCACAUCACAUACAGAUACUUCAAACUUUUAAAGGGACUUUUGGGUUCAGAAAAAGAAGCCGAGUUGAUCGAAGCUGUGACAAGCGAGAAACAACCACAAUAACUGACUGUGACAGACUAAAACAAGCCAACACUGUCCUCUCUGCUCUUAUUGAGAAUAGAUAUUUUCACCAAGAAUCGCUUCAAAAGAACUCAUUACCGGCUUCGUGUCGCUGCAGAGAAUUUGGAGGCUUUACAGGAACUCAAACACGGUGGUUACAGCUUGUUUCAGCCCCGCUCCAACCAAACCUGCCUGAACUUUCACUAAACAAUCAAACCGCAAAGAUUGUGACACUUAAAUGUGCAAAACUUCCUCUCAGCUGCCGGUUUAUUAGGCACACCUAGCCGAAACAAAUGCAGUCGGAUAAUAAUCUGUCUUCAUGCAGAGAAAGCAAUGGAGUUUCACCUCUUAGAUGUUGAUAAAUUACAGGAAAAUGCGUUGAUUUGUUCCAGAUAAAGUACCAGAACUCGUUGCCUUUACUGCAGGCGGACUGAUCAUGCUUCAUGUUGAGAGUACUCACCUCACAAAGGCCUAUUCUGAGCGAAGAAAAACACACACUGUUGUACAAGUGUUGUUGAAACGGUUUCAGAGAGCUGUUGAUUCAACCUCAUGAUCACUUUCAAGGAUGUAGUUUGUGGUGCAUUAUACAGAGAGGGUUCUAUUAUCUCACAUAUCCCUAUUGAUAAAAAUAGGAAGGAUGAAAUAAAAAAAAAAUAUCACCUUCAUGAAGGUCAGACUCUUAGUACUGCUGUAAUGCAUCGUUUUAGCUCGGUGGAUCUAAUGGACUGGCAGCCAAAGCAAACAUUUCAUUCAUUACACCUCGCUCAAAGUGUUAACACCGACAUUAAGCUCUAUGUUUACCACCCCAGCCAGUAUAUAACGUUUUCUGCCACAUUACGGAGAUGAAAGAUGGACGUCCAGCUUUCUCUGUGUGGCGUUCCUGCUCUCUGUUUAGUGUAAAGUUCUGUUACUUUUACUUUUAAGGGAGAAACUGAAUGUAUUGGGUGUGAAACGGUUUCCGAUUUGGGGGGGGGAUGUUUUUCUCUUUAAAGCCCCACUUUGUCAUUAAUCCUAAUGGGUUAGGCGGAUUUUAAGCAUUUACACAUUUGUGCUGUCACACCUCUGGGACUCAUCGGAAGCAUUUUUUUUUUUUCCAUUUUGUAAUUUAAUGUGUCUGAAAUGGGCCCACAUUUACUGGUUUUAUCUGGUUGUUUACAUAAACCUGCUGCCUUCUGGCCUUUUUCCUCUUCAACUCUAACUGUUGAUGCCCUCUAGUGGUCAAACGGAGGCACUGCGCCUUCACAGCGCUGACCUGAAGGGUAGAAUAACAGCGGAAGGAUUACAUUCUGUCUGUGUAUUUCUAAGGCGUGUUCCAUUUUUGUUUUCUGCCUUUCAUCCGUUUGUGUUUUCUUUCUGUACUCCUGAGUUUACACCCCUCGAACAAAUGUGAAAAGUGAGCCUUGUCACUGUAUCUCAGCGAGCCAUAAAACAUAUUUUGUAUAACCGGGAAUCUGCAGGUUGACUAAUGAGGAUCAUAGAUGUGUUGUACAUAAAGAUGAGCUAUCACACGCGUGUACUAAAUACUAAACUACCAUGUACAACAUCAUCAUAACGGAAGACGAACACUCCUCGCACUACAAACUAUAAGCUUGAGUUCUCUGUGUUUCUGUUGAUGCUUUAUUAUUUAUGGUUGUUUUAAUUAAUGACACUGUACAUCUCAUGGGACCACACAUGGAUUUAUAUUUACCUCUGAUCACGUCACACCCAGCUGUGCUGACGCUCUUUGAAUUUCCUUGAAAACUUGUGGAAAUAAAAAUGGAUUCAAAGGUUUUUGUGAGAAAGAAAACUGCAUCUGGACACUGUUAAGUUUACUUAACCCUCCUGUUGUCUUCAUUUACGGGCACCAAAAAAUAACGUUUCCUUGUCUGAAAAAAAUCCAAAAAUUCAGCAAAAAAAUCCCCCAAAUUUGGCAAGAAAAUUCUUGUAAAUUAUUUUUAAAAAUGGGUAAAAAUCUUCCAAAAAAAUAUCUAAAGUGAUUACAUAUAUAUCAGUGAAACUUCUAAUAUUUUCUUUUAAAACCAUGCACAAAAAAAAUCAACCUUAAGAAAUAUUUUUAAUAUUUUCUUUAAGAACAUCCACAAAAAAUCAACCAAAAUCCAGCGAAUUUCGCUGGAUUUUGGUUGAUUUUUUUGUGAAUGUUCUUAAGAAAUACUUUUAACAUUUCUUUUUUUUCCACCAAAAAAUGUUCAGAAAUUGAUAUGAAUGAUAUGAAAUAUGAAAAUAUAUGUUUUUUUUUUCAUAUUUUCAAACGGGUCAAUUUCGACACACGAGGGUUAAAGACGUCUUUCUAGCUUGGCUUUAAUUGGACAUAAAACAGUGGAUGGAUGAAGUCUGACAGCUCUGAUUGUUGGUUUAUUUUUAAGUCUGUCUGAUUUCAGCUGACUUUAAAUGGAAAGAGAGAAUGAUUUUUGGUCUGAAGCGAGUCCAAACCGAUAUUGAUUCUUUGUGAACUGAGCCUGAGAUCUUUUGUUUCAUUUAGCAGACCGGCUGACAGAUCCUCAGUUAAUAAUCUGAACCUUUUUGUCUAUUUUCAAGCUGUAAAGAGCUUACAUCAGCAUUUCCCUUCCACUCUGCAGCCCAAACUUGUGCGAUUCAUUUCAGGGAAAUUAAUUAAAACAAAAAGCAGAUGAAUAAUAAUAACCGCAGAAAUGAGAAAAAGGAACGAGGCUGGCGUUUAAUCAUGAUGACAGGAAGUUUUCUAAUGGAAGAUUAAAGCUGCUGCUGCACUGGAACACCAUUAACUUCCCACACGGUCUUUUGUAAAAUAUGUUUUUCAGACAUCCAGCUUGUCACAACACGCUUAGAUCUCAUUCAUAAAGCUCAGAUAAGAAUUCAAAGCGGAUAAACGUGACGUUCCUGUUUCCUUUUGUCGUUUUAGAAGAAUCUGCAGCAUCACGGUUGUCUCUCUGAGUUUACGGAGAGCAUGUGGAGUUUACAGCAUUGACCUCAUUAAGGUCAGCAGCUCUGUAUGAUUUAGCAUCAGAAAGCUGCUUUAAAUUAGACUGUAAAUAAACUAACUCCAGAUGGCCCUUUUAACGGCUCUUUUGUGGAUGAUUUGGGGUUCUUUGCUUUGUUGUUUUCCUCCUUGGAAAGACUUUUCAAAGACUUUUUUUAUGUGAAAACCAUUUGAAUUAUGUUGGAGCUGGUCUGUCUCUAUUGAUUUGUCUCAAGGGCCAGUCAGCCGUCUUGUUGUAAAUAGUCUGGAGGGUGUGUGUGUGUGUGUGUAAAAAACAACAAAAAAGGAAUCAAUCCAUGCCUCACUCUCUGACCUGCUUUCUACCAAAAGCCACCAGAUGAAUUAACACGCCUCCUCAUCAGAAGUGUGACCUCCUGUUGUACAGACGAUGUACAGAGCCUGGAACAGAGAGACCCCCUCACCCCUGUACAGAAAGAACAAAAUCCUUAAUAAAAGAAUUUAAAGUGUC